GGAUGGAUGGAAGAUUGAAUCGUGACCAACAGCACCCUCUUGUGCCGAAGAGCGGGAACUGUGUUGCUAAGCAACAAGACAACACAGAGUGGAAGGUGGCCAAAGUUCUGUGUUGGAAUCAUGAAGAAUUGUAAGGAAUAAUUGCAGUAAACUGCUAAACUGGAAACAUGUCGUCAGUAGUCCAACAUGGGCGACGGAGAGGAUCCAGUAAAAGUGGUGAAAAUUCAGAAGACACCGUUCAGCCUCCAGAACUCCAUCAGAUCACCGUUUUAAGCAGAGCAGACUGGCUAAGGAUCCAGGACCAGAUGAACCGUGUGGACAAGGAGAAGGAGCGCCUGAUGGAGGUCAAAAAGCAAAGAGAGGUUCUCCACCAGAAAUCCAAAGAGAUGGCCAAACUGUGGCCCAACACCCUCGCUUGUCAAAGGCAGAAGAAGCUGGAAGCAAAGAAGAUCCGUGACCAGAUGGAGGAGGACAAGAGGAAACUGAUAGAUAAGGAAGAGGCCAAAUACAGAGAGGAAAUGCGCAGAGAGGCCCUUGAAAAGGCAAAGAGGCAGCUGUACUACCAGACAGAGCGAGUGACAGGACUUCACCGUGCACUCUUGCUAACAGAAGUUCUGAAGGAAAGAGAGGCCCAAAUGGAGCUAAAGCAAAGAAGAACACGUGCUUCCAAAGAGAUGGACAAAGAAUAUGUGGCGAUGAUGAAGGCCAGAGAUGCUGAUGAUUAUAAAAGAGAGCAGGAGAAAGUACAACGGAAAAGAUUGGAAAGGCAGGCUGUUGCGGAGAACCUAAAGAAGCAGAUUGAGGAAAAUCAGUUGGCAAAAGAGCGGCAGAAGCUCGAGACCAAAAAGGAUGGCGAAGAAAUCCAACGCCAUCAAGAGCUUUAUCAGUGGGAGAUGAAGAUGGAGGAGGAGACGCAAGCCAAGCAGAAGAGUGACUUCAAGCAAACUCAGCUGGAGUACCUCAAUCAAAGGGACAUCUCAAAAGUGGAAGAUAUGGAAAAAAUGGAGGCAGAAGAGGCCCAAAGAAAACUUUUCUUGUCUGCAAAGGAGAAAAUGGUGAAGUUGAGGAGAGAAAAAGAAAAGGAGUUGCUCAAAGAAGUCCAGAAUCGCAGAGAGAAGAUCAUGGACAAACUGAGAGUGGCUCAGCAGGAGCAGACGGAUCAGAAGGAGCAGAAAGUGGCCGAGGCUGCCGCGAGGCAGGAUUCAAAGAGGAUGCAGCAUAAGUGGGAGGAGGAUGAGAAACGGGCAGCAAUGAUGAAGUCAAUUACAUCACAUAGGGAACACAUGGUCCAAGAAAUGGAGCAACAUUACCUAAUGAGAAAGGAGGAGGAAAGACAAUCGCUGGAGGCAAAGAAAAAAGAGGACAGAAUGUUCUCUGAGGAACAGAAACUGAAAAUGAACAACAUCCGGCAGGAUCUUCAAAAGUUAAAAGACUUCAAUGCAAGCCAGAUGGUAGAAAAACAGGCCAGGCAGCAUCAAUUAAGGAAAGCAGAACACAAAUUUGAAGCAGAGAACCUACAGCUCCUUGCCGAAGAAGAAGAAGUGUUUAAGAAGUACUCAUUGGAGGUGGUCCAAGCAGCAGCUGAUGCACGGCGCAAAGUCCUUCCACUUUACAAGGCCAUGAGGGAUGGGGCCGCAUGCGGUCCCAGUUUUACCCAGGCUAGACCUCGCUACCUUGUUCAGGAUAUGAGUGGAGCUGAACUGCCUAAAUACGUCUCAGACAGCACCUGGAACGUCAAGAAAAUCCAUGAUGUUGUAAAUAUUGAAGAAGCAAAGAAAAGACUUGGGUUUACAUGGUGACAUAGGACCUUGUGAUAUCCUUUUUAUCCAAGCUGCAAGCAAGAAAUUCAUUUUCUUUAAAGAUGUGAAUUACUGGAAUUCAAUAAUUAUCAGUGUGUAAUUAUUAUAAAUACAUAUAUAUGUGUGUAAUUGUGCUAGUAAUUGCUGGAGAUCUCACAAUUGUGUUUUUUAAUACCUUUUUAAAAGGAGAAGGGAGCUCCUAAAACAGCUUGUACAAUAAAGACAAU